CUUGGCCUCCCAAAGUGCCGAUUACAGGCAUGAGCCAUGCACCCAGCCCCUUUUUAUUUUUUUGAGACAGGGCCUUGCUCUGUUGCCUAGGCUGGAGUGCGGCGGUGAGAACAUAGCUCACUACAGCCUCGAACUCCUGGACUCAAGCACCAGACUGCUUUACAUCACAUUCCACACACAGCCUUGUGGUUCCAACCCUGCCUCUGCCACUUCCCAGCUGUUUGCCCCAGCCCAACCUGUCUGGCGCUGUCCUGCUUAACAAAAGGACUGGCCUGGCCGCCGGCCACACCCGCCAGCGCUGAAGCACCAGGGCCUCCGAGUGCCCUAGUGUGGCACGUCUCCAGCGUCGCACUCUCGAACUCAUUUGUUUUCCUUAACGAGAGAAGGUUCCAGAUUGGGGCAGAACCCUCUUCGCCCCGCCCACGGCCCCCUGAACUCUGCGGAUGGGGGGGAGGGGUGCAUGGGGAGAGGCGGUCCCAAACGGGUCAUUUCCAUUAAUAGAGACCUCAAACAUCGCCUGCUAAAAAUACCCAACCGGAGGCACAUAAAAGCGCGACCCAGCACCGCGGCCCGCACUUCUCCGAGCAGACGUCCCGGGCAGAGCCAGCCAGCAUGACCGAGCGCCGCGUCCCCUUCUCGCUCCUGCGGAGCCCCAGCUGGGACCCCUUCCGCGACUGGUACCCGCACAACCGUCUCUUCGACCAGGCAUUCGGGAUGCCCCGGCUGCCCGAGGAGUGGUCGCAGUGGUUCGGCACCAGCAGCUGGCCGGGCUACGUGCGCCCCCUGCCCCCCGCCGCGGUCGAGGGCCCCGCAGUGGCCGCGCCCGCCUACAGCCGCGCGCUCAGCCGGCAGCUCAGCAGCGGGGUCUCGGAGAUCCGGCACACGGCGGACCGCUGGCGCGUGUCCCUGGACGUCAACCACUUCGCCCCCGAGGAGCUGACGGUCAAGACCAAGGAUGGCGUGGUGGAGAUCACCGGCAAGCACGAGGAGCGGCAGGAUGAGCACGGAUUCAUCUCCCGCUGCUUCACCCGGAAAUACUCGCUGCCCCCUGGUGUGGACCCCACCCAGGUCUCCUCCUCCCUGUCCCCUGAGGGCACACUGACCGUGGAGGCCCCCAUGCCCAAGCCAGCCACACAGUCCAACGAGAUCACCAUCCCUGUCACCUUCGAGUCGCGGGCCCAGCUUGGGGGCCCAGAAGCUGCGAAAUCUGACCAGUCUGCAGCCAAGUAAAAGCCUUAGCCCGGAUGCCCACCCGUGCCGCCGCCACUGGCCAUGCCUCCCCCCCCACCUGUGUGUUCUUUUGAUACGUUUAUUUGUUUUUCUCAAAUAAAGUUUGAAGCAACCCACCUGU